CAAAUAGCCUUAGAGCAACCAAGCCCUAACAACCAGAUGAAGCAAACACAAACACAAACACAAAUCGCGUAGGCAAACCAGAGAAGAUGAAGCUGAGCAAGCACUGGGAUAUGUAUAUGGCUUUAUUCUUUACAGUUUGUAGUAGUUCGCGGCCUGACCCUUUGCAGGACAUACCGAGUUACCGGCAUACACUAUGAAUAGCAGCGUUACCUGUUCGACGAAAUGCCUAACUGAAAGACGGAGGGUGCAAAAACCGAAACUAGAUCGAGGGAAAAGCGCCAGAGAUACAAGAGUGUGGAUGCGAAAGAGAAACACAGCUUGAGAAGCAAGAGCGAUGUGGAGGCGCGUGAUUUCUCUUUCUUCCUCGAUAUCUUCCUCAAAAUCAACCUUAUCAAACCAGGCUGCUUAUAGGUUGAAGGUCUGGGAGUCGCUUACUACGGAGCCAAAAGGUGGGAUUGUAUCCUGGGACAAAACUCCAUUCAUAACCUUUGUGUUAGGUGGCCCUGGUAGUGGAAAAGGUACUCAAUGUGAAAAAAUUGUUGAGACUUUUGGAUUCACACAUCUCAGUGCAGGAGAUUUGUUAAGGAGGGAAAUAGCUUCUAAUAGUAAAGAUGGGACCAUGAUUCUUAAAGCAGUUAUUGAGGGAAAAAUUGUUCCUUCUGAAGUGACAGUCAAAUUGAUAAAAAAGGAGAUGGAAUCAAGUGAUAAUGUUAAAUUUCUCAUUGAUGGUUUUCCAAGAACUGAGGAGAAUCGCAUAGCAUUUGAACAGAUGAUUGGAGCAGAACCCAACAUUGUGCUUUACUUCGAUUGCCCUGAAAAAGAGAUGGUAGAGCGAGUGCUAAGCCGUAAUCAGGGCCGAGUUGAUGAUAAUAUAAAUACCAUGGAGAAGCGCCUUAAAGUGUUUGAAGCAUUAAGUCUUCCAGUUAUUAACUAUUACUCCAAUAAAGGGAAGCUCCACAAGAUUGAUGCAGUUGGAACAGUAGAUGAGAUUUUUGAACAGGUUCGCCCAAUUUUCGACGCGUGCAAGGACAACUGGUCUACAACAGGCGACAAAAUGAGAAUUUAAUCCGACAAUCCAAGGACAGCAUGCACAAACAGCCAUCUAUGCAAUUGGAGUUGCUCCGCCUUUUUCAAGCGGUAAUGGGUACUUUGUGCAGAGAAGAGUCCUGAGCAAAUGGUUUUGGAAAUUCACUGGUGGCAUUACCUUUUUCAGCUUAAAGGAUGAAAUUCUCUCAUCUGUAUUUUUCUACCUGAUGAUGUAUAAUUAUGCCCAGAGCAAUCUUUGCUGCUCAAAUAUUUUGUUCGUUCUGAGUUUUGUUUUUUUUUUUAAAAAAAAAAACAUAUUUCAGGUUAA